UAGGAGGUGUUUGUUGCUUAUUUGGGACAAAGGGGUGUUUAAUGCUUAUUUUUGAAAAUAGGGGGUAUUUGAUGCUUAUUUUUCAAAAUGAACAUUUGGUGCACUUUUAGUAUCUGCAAGUUCUAUGAUUAUAUUUUAUAGGAGUUUAACUUUUUAUUUUUAUUUAAGUUAUAUUUUUUAUAUUCAAAAUAUAUUUUUUAUAUCUUAGAUUCUUUUAUAAAAAAUAUGAAUAAAGUAAAUCUUCUUGAAAAGUUAAGAACAUUACAACAAUGGCAAAUACAACAACAACAAAAUUUUUCAAGUAAUCAUUCUAACAAAAUAGUUUUAAAUUGUGAUCAACAAGAUGUUUCAAGAAGCUGUUCAAACACUUUAAACCAACAAUUAAUAAAAAAUGAUUCAAAAUCAUUUCAUGAAAGAGUGAAUACUAAUAUCAGUAAUCAGUUUUUUAAGAACAAUCCAUUAGAUAGUAAAAGUGAUCCUUCUAAAGAUGAACUUUGUAGAAAUGAUUUUGCAUCUAGUGAACAUUUUUUAGCAGAUUUAAACUCAACAAGCACCCCAUCAAAAAAUGUGUUUUCUUUUCCUGUUUCCAGUAAAAAUUUUGGCAGUGAUUCUGAGGAUGGCUUAAGUGAUUUUAAUAUCAAUGAUGAAGACUUUAAAUUAGAUGGAGUAGAACCAAUAAAUGACUACACACCUUAUGAUGCAGAUAAAAUAACUGUAGUUGAACAAGUAAAGAAUUCAGAUGAAAUAAAAGAUGAAAUACCCAUAAAAGCUGGUUGCAAAGAUCAUGAAAUUCUAUUUGAAGAAGACAGAGAAAGAGCUUCGUUUGUUAUGAAACCUCAAACAGUUAAAACAAAGUUUAAUUUUCUGAAACGCGGAGAAGGACUAAAAAGAUUUCAUAAAGAAAAUGCUUUAAAUAGAAAUAAAAAAAUACAUGUUCAAAUAAACAAUCAAAACAAAAAUGAUUUACCUAACAAAAACAUAAAAACUGUUGGAUUGCCUCUAAAGCUUAAAGAACCUAUUCAAGAUGUAAAAACUGUUGGAUUGCCUCUAAAGCUUAAAGAACCUAUUCAAGAUGUAAAAACUGUUGGAUUGCCUCUAAAGCUUAAAGAACCUAUUCAAGAUGUAAAAACUGUUGGAUUGCCUCUAAAGCUUCAAGAUGUAAAAAAUAAGGAUUCUUCUAGAGACUCUCAAGAUACAAAUUUACUGUCCGUAAACAACCACAGUUUAUUUAAAGAAAACACAACUGUAUCAGUAUCAGUUAACAAGUUAGAAAAAACAGGUUUGGAUAAAGCUCCUUUUUUGCAAAUAGUUUCUCAUGCAAGGAUUUUAGAAGCAAAUAAUUCUGAAUCAAACAUUUAUCACAACUAUUUAGACCUAAAUUCAGAUAAAAUUUUAGAAGAGCUAUUAGCAUUUGAAGAGCUUGAAGAAGCUGCAGAAAAUCUUUCUUUAUCGUCAAAUUGUUCUGUUGUUCAAAGGUUGCUUGGCAAACACAAAUUUAAAAAAGGUGAAUUUUCUAUUAUUAAAAAUAAUGCUGAAGUAGUAAGUUCAAGUUGUGAAAUCGGACAUAAGCAUGAAAUACAGCCAUCCCUACAUAAUAGUCAUGAAAGGCUUUCUUUGCAUAAUAGUCAAGAAAUACAUCCUUUAGAGUUUUUUGAUGAAGAAAGCUGGUCUGAUGCAAGUAAAAUAUCAGAAAAUUUAAAUGAAACCCUAGUAGAUGACAAUUUGAUUGAAAAUUCAAUAAAGCCAAAAAGAUUUGUUUGUAAGCGUAAAGAAACAAGAAAUGAUAUUGAAAGUAAUAUUGAAGAAAGAUAUGUUUCCAAGCAUAAAGAAACUAAAAUUGAAGAAAUUGAUCAAUUUGAGCAGAAAACCUCUGAUGAAAUUCAGCCGCAUUUCCAAAAUAUCUCAGAUGUAGUUAAACUCAAGCUAGAAACACUUGAAAAAGAAAUCACUAAAUUUCGUGUGGAAAAUGAAAAGUUGAGUAAACUGCGUCAAGAGCGUGAAACAGAUUUGAGUACUCUUCGAAAACAAUUAAAUGAUUUUGAAAAAGAAAAACUUGAAGAGACGAAUCGAUUUGAGCAGUAUAAGAUAGGUGAAAUAAAAAAACUAAAAGCUGAACGAAAAGCAUUUGAAAACUAUCAAAAAAUAAAUAAGGAAGUUCCAAAUAAAGUAGAACGAGAAGAAAUUAAAGAACUGAAUGAGCAAAUUUCUUGCUUAAAAGAAGAAAUAAAAUUCAAAGAGGAACGGUGGAAUGCUGCAGCAAUUCGUUUCCGAUCAAAAAUAUCACAGCUUGAAGAAGAAAAUACAUCUUUGCAAAAACAGAUUAUUAUGUUAGAACAAGAGCGACUACAAAGAAUUAAAAAAAAUGAAAAAAAAGAAAAAGUUGUAACAUUUGCACCUAAUUCUAUCAUUGACACAGAGCAACAAUGUUUUAUGGAAAAACAUGUAGUUAAAAAUCCUAAAUAUGAAAUAGAAGAUCCCAUCAAAGAAAGAGAAAGUGUUUGUGCAAAAAAUGAUCAGACAAUUGCAAUGACUCCACUAUUAGUAAGUAACCACCAGGUUAUUAGAGGAAAGCAAAUUAAACAUACUGAUGGAAAGAUUGAAAGUGUUAUGGCUGAUGGCAGUCGUAUAAUUAAGUUUGCUAAUGGUACAGAAAAAGUUGUAAGUGCUGAUGAAAAGACAAUUUCAAUAAAGUUUUUUAAUGGAGAUGUGAAAAGAGUUCUUCCAGAUAAUCGGAUGGUAUAUUAUUAUGCUGAAUCACAAACGACUCAUACAACAUUUGCUAAUGGUUUAGAGGUUCUUGAGUUUCCCAACAAUCAAGUUGAAAAACGUUUUCCAGAUGGUCAAAUUGAGAUCACAUUUCCUGAUCAAACAGUAAAAAAGAUAAUGUCAAAUGGAUGCGAGGAAACUCUAUUUGCAGAUGGUACAGUUCAAAGGACAGAAAUUAAUGGUCAAACAGUUAUAGUAUUCCCUAAUGGGCAGAGAGAGACUCACACUAUGAACUAUAAGAAGCGUGAGUAUCCAAACGGAACUGUGAAAACUAUAUAUGAGGAUGGAAGACAAGAGACAAAGUACUCUAACGGAAGAUUGAGGGUAAAAGAUAAACAAGGAAACCUUUUAAUUGAUACUGGUGAAACAGACUAAAUUUUAAGGUUGUUCUCAACACAACCUUUGAUAAUAUACGAAUUAUAGAAGAACUUUUUCUCAAUUAUUUUAGCUUAGUUUAUUUAUAGCGAAGUUUAUCUCUAUUUACGAAUUGAGCAACUACGCCUAAA